UUCACACCUUUCUUUUCUUUGUGAAGAAACCUGGGUGUUAAUGGUAAGGAAUUGGGUACCAUUGUAUGUCUGAGGCUGUCUGUUAGAAGAGCUGAGCGAUGCCAGUGGGGGGAAAAGUAAAAAGAGGUGAAGGAGAUACAGAAGAAACUAGAACUGGAGAGGAGGUUAAGAAAUUAGUGAUUUGCUUUCGAUGAGCAUAUCUUUUAUUAUUAAAUGAGCAUGUCUUUUAAAACAAUUUUCUGAAAAUCUAAAUCUAAAAGGAGCUUUAAAGUUAGAGGGUCAGGACAAGCUCAGCACAAAAGGAAUUUGAGUUUGGAGUACUGGACGUUUGAAAAAAAUCAACCAAGCCAAGAACCUCCUUUUAUUCUACAGGUGCAUUUCUCAGACAGCCAUGGAAACUUGGUCAGUUGAUCAGGUCUGCAGUUGGUUAGUGCAGAAAAAUUUAGGAGAACUAGUUCAUAGGUUUCAAGAGGAAGAAGUGAGUGGAGCUGCUCUCCUUGCACUGAAUGAUAGGAUGGUUCAGCAGCUGGUAAAGAAGAUUGGACAUCAGGCAGUUCUGAUGGACCUAAUUAAAAAAUACAAGCAAAAAACUGAAGAACUGCAACCUUCUGCAAACUCCAGAGGGAUGAACCCAUCAAAGCAAGCAGAGACAGUCCAUCAGUAACAGGAGCCAUCUUUUCAUCCAAAUGAAAACCUUGAUGGUGGACUAGUUGACCAAAGGGUGCUGAAACAAAGAAAAAACGUGAAACAUCUUCUAGCAAGGAAUAAGGCAUUACACUGGACAAAAUCCUAUAUUUUACCAGAUUUCCCAUAUGAUGUCAAAUGCAUGUUAACUGAGCAAAAGUGUCCAGAUCACAGCAUGAGGAUAAGGAUCAUUGAGUUUUUACAGGCAGACAUGACAAAGUAUUUGGAAGGAUCACUGUACCCAACUACACAACAAUACAAUGAUGUUGUCAAUGCCCUGCUUCAGGCAUACCCAUUCCUGGAUGAAGAUGGCAGUGGUUUUUUUCUCUGGAAACGAGCACUCAAAGAUCGCUUCAAAUAUGUUCGGAGACCCAUAGAAGACGAUGAGCAAGUGAUGAGGAACAAAUGUAAAUUUGGCCACAGAAAAGGACAGACAAGGAAAUCUCUCACAGAAAUCAGGUGUGAAGAAAUUCAGAUUGUCCAGAUAAAAGAAGAAGAUGCUUAUUUAGAUUCUGAGGUAGAUGAACAUAUUAACUGGUUUCAUCAAGAAUAUGUCAAAGCCGAAAAGAACUGGGGAGAAAUUGACAAUAGGAUGAGCCGGACUCUGGAAAUUCGAAGAAAGAUGAUUAACAACAAGACACCUUUGAAGGAAAUUCUCAAAAUGUUUCCUUUUUUGAAGUGCCCUUAUCAGCUAUUCAGAGAAUUCCAGCUUCUCACCAGAACCGACAUUUAUAAGAAAACACGGCAGAUUUUGGAGACCUAUUCAGAAAAUAUACUGACCUCUUUUUCAGUGGUGGAAAAUCCAAUCACUGCUAUGUUGCAUGAGAGAAUGAAGCAACUUACAGAUGAAGACAUCCUGAAAUAUAUGAAGAUGACAGCCACAUGUUUACUUCUACCAGAUGUCUUCGGUGAUGAUCCUACACUAUUUGUUGUUGUGAAUGAGGAGGUGCAAGUGUCUACACCAGUCUUAAAAGUUAAAAACCCCUUCAACAUCAAUGCUUGUGAAUUUACUCUGUAUCUUGAAAAAGAAAAACUGACCCAAGUCGAUGACUGCACUAUGGCCCUGGCUGCUCUCAUUGCGGCAUUCCAUGUAUUUGGCAUUCAAUACCCCAGGAGGUUGUAUCACACACUGAACUUUUUAGACACGCUGAUCUUUGAUAUGAGUGGUCCUUCUAUAAAAGAACUGAGGAAAAGUGAAGAAUUUCAACAUCCACUCAUUUAAUAACACCUAAGAUCCUGUGAAAUUUUAUUUUUAAAGAUUGAUUUGUUGUGCAAGGGACAGAUACUAGUGUUGUCAACUAUGUAUAUUUAUAUUAGAGAAAUGUUCCUGUAUCUGAGUUUUAUGCCUCAUUCAUCUUUUCUUACACUUUAAAAGAUUAAAAUUAUUUUAUGACAUCCCACACCACAAUGGCUUUGGGGUCUCAUUGUUGAGAAUUUUCCUGCUAACAGUCCAGAUUAUAAGCCACCUAAUGCCUUCUCAUUCUGUAUAGAUCUGG